AUGUCCGGCGGAAGCGCUGCCGGAAGGUUUCCUGGAGGCGGUGGGGGAGAGAGAAUACGUGGCGGUGGUUUGGGCUCCGUAGCAGAGGAUAUUGAGGCACCGGAGGGUGGGCGGGUUCGUCAGCCACUGCGGGUUGAGCUCGGUAUCGGAAGGGAUGAAGUACGGAGUGCCGAUGGUGGCGAUGCCGCUGCAGAACGACCAGGGGACGAAUGUGAGGUUGGUUGA